AUGCACCAAAAUGCAGACAAGGAUUGCAAAAUAACUCCUUUAGUUGAUAUUAUACCUAGCAGGUGGAAUAAAGAUUUACUUAUAGAUGUUAUCGGAGUGGUUGAUGAAAUAGGGUACACACACGCUCAAGUCGGUGGUAAGAAGCAGCUGAUCAACUUCGUCAUUCACGACUUGAGCAACAACACUAUUAAUUGUACCCUAUGGGAGGCGCACGCAAUGCAAUUUAUCAACUAUAUCCAACAACAGACUGAUUCUUCCAUUCCAGUUGUGGUUUUGAUUCAAUAUGCAAAAGUUAAAGAAGAAAUUGGCAAAUAUCCUCUAUCUGUGACCAACACGUACAAUGUCACCAAGUGGCCAUCAAUGAAGAUUUGGAAUCAAUCAAAUAAUUUGUCAACAGAUAAUUUUUAA